AUAAAAAUAACUUUAUUUAUAUAGCACCUUUAAAACAAUGUUUACAAAGUGCUCCACAGAGUCAAAGCAAAACAAGUGGAAUAGCAAGAAACCAAUAUUACAUUUAAAAGUAUAUAUUAAAAUAAAGUACUAUCAACACACAACAAUGAUAAGGAAUAACAGUAGCAAUAGUAUGUGUCAAAACAUCUUAACAUACACGAAUGGCUUUAUUCCUGUUAUGUAAAUAUAGAAGCUUUUAUUUUGAAAGUCCUGACGAGACGCGCUGUUAGCUCCUCGUGAACUUGACAGCCGCUGUCCAGGCGGCCGUGGAUGAGGAGAGGGAGGCGGGAUCGAGAGGAGGAGGAGGAGGAGGAGGAGGAGGAGGAGGAGGGCGGCAGCAGGGACCCAGUAACCUGCAGGAGGACUCACAUGGUCCUGCUGCAGCAGAGGAGCGCAGACCGCCGGGACUCCAACGACCCUCUGACACUCUGCUCCGUUCUCCUUUAUUUGAGACCCUCCUUCCGUGUCUCCCCCCCCCUCCUCCUCCUCCUCCUCCUCCCCGGUGUCGGUCGGACUUGUGCCGGUGAGCAGCAGCGAUGGCUCGGGAGAACGGAGUCUGCGGCCGAGGAGAGACGUGGAAACAACAGGUCGACGACAUCAAGAAGAUUUUCGAUUUCAAAGAAGUCCUCGGCACGGGAGCGUUCUCCGAGGUGGUCCUGGCCCAGGAGAAGCUGACGGGACGCAUGUUCGCCGUGAAGUGCAUCCCCAAGAAGGCCCUGAAGGGGAAGGAGAGCAGCAUCGAGAACGAGAUCGCCGUGCUGAGGAAGAUCAAGCAUGAGAACAUCGUGGCGCUGGAGGACAUCUACGAGAGUCCCGACCACCUGUACCUCAUCAUGCAGCUGGUGUCCGGCGGCGAGCUGUUCGACCGCAUCGUGGAGAAAGGUUUCUACACGGAGAAGGACGCGAGCGCUCUGAUCCGACAGGUGCUGGACGCCGUGAGCUACCUGCACAAGAUGGGCAUCGUACACCGAGACCUGAAGCCGGAGAACUUGCUGUAUUUUAAUCCCCAAGACGAGUCCAAGAUCAUGAUCAGCGACUUCGGCCUCUCCAAGAUGGAGGGCGGCGGCGACGUCAUGUCCACCGCGUGCGGCACGCCGGGAUACGUGGCUCCGGAGGUGCUGGCCCAGAAGCCGUACAGCAAGGCGGUGGACUGCUGGUCCAUCGGCGUCAUCGCCUACAUCCUGCUGUGCGGUUACCCUCCGUUCUACGACGAGAACGACUCCAAGCUGUUCGAGCAGAUCCUGAAAGCCGACUACGAGUUCGACGCUCCGUAUUGGGACGACAUAUCGGACUCCGCCAAGGACUUCAUCGGCAGCCUGAUGGAAAAAGAUCCGGCCAAGCGCUUCACCUGCGAUCAGGCACUCAGACACCCCUGGAUCGCCGGUGAUACGGCCCUCUGCAAGAACAUCCACGAGUCCGUCAGUCGACAGAUCAAAAAGAACUUCGCCAAGAGCAAAUGGAGGCAAGCGUUCAACGCCACCAACGUGGUCCGCCACAUGAGGCGGCUGCAGCUCGGCAGCAGCAUGGGGAGCAGCAUGGACGCCUCCAACCCGCAGAACCAGAGCCAGCCGGCCCAGAACCAGAGCCAGCCGGCCCAGAGCCAGAGCGCCGACGCGACCGCCGGCAAAACCUCUUCGACGGAUAACAACUUGGCGUCGCCCCGCAAGGAAUGUGUAAAUGCGUCAAUCACGCCCUGCAGUCUGGCGUCCGCCGCGGGGGCGGAGCUUAACCGGCCGCCGCAUCCCUCUGCCGCUCCCGCCCCGGUGCUCACGGAGACCAAGUGACGCCAGGUCCAGCGGGGAACGAGCUGGGAGGCCACAGCACUGUGAGGCCGAGGGGCGGGAACACAGAGAAACAGAGACACAGUGGAGGAAGAGGAUCCGCCCAUCUCUUCUUCUUCGUUUCUAACUCUCCCCUCACAUGCAAGGUCCCUGCGGCCGACCGCGAUUGGUUGCUUUGAUGAUAAAUGGGCGUCGACUGCUUUGAGCAGGAGCCGGCGGUUCACGACGGGG